AUGUCGCUUGAUAUCCUCUCUGGCAAGUUCUUGUUCUCUUCGUGCGCCGCCGCAAAGCCUCCGAGCAAGAAAAUGGUCACGUUUCUCGUUGCUGGUGCUUCGCCGUCGACGCCGUCGAGGUCAACGUCAUCCAAUGCCCCUUCUCUUCGGCCGCGGCGCGUACGGACCGUGCCAUCGAGCCCCACCAAGCAGACCCCCCGACCUGCCGUCAGCAGCACCAGCGGCACCGCGAAGAGGCGGGUGCGGAGGAGGAAGGCCGAGGAAGAAGAGAAAGGCUUAGGUGGUGGCGGAGGAGGGGGCGAAUGCGUGCCGUCGAUGGAGGAGGCAUCCAUUAGCGUGGCGACGCUGUACCAGAACGGCGAUCCGCUGGGGCGGAACGAGCUCGGCCGGUGCGUGGUGGAGUGGCUCAGGCAGGGCAUGCGAUCCAUGGCGUCCAAGCUCGCCGCGGCCGAAAUGUCAGGCGACCUUGUUCCCACGGCAUUGGCUCUGGAGUGGGCGUCGGCGGAAGGCAGGCUUGGGUUCGUCAUCCAGGCGCAGCCUUACCUCUCGGCCGCGCCCAUGCCCCAGGGUCUGGAGGCGCUCUGCCUCAAGGCCUGCACGCACUACCCCACCCUGUUCGACCAUUUCCAGCGUGAGCUCUGUGAUGUUCUGUUGAGUUACCAGAACCAGGGGCUCAUCUCGGACUUGCGAGUCACGCAGUCAUGGAGGAUUUUGGAAGAAAUGGCCAAUUCUUCAGAGCACCAGGCUGCAGUGCGAAUGACAUCUCCACGGCCUAAGGCCGUGCACAGCAGCAUCGGUAUAACCCUUAAAAAAGUGAGGCUGAUGCAGGCCAGAAUUGAAGAAUUUGUUAGACAUAUGUCAGAUCUUCUUCGGAUUGAGCGGGAUGUGGAGCUGGAGUUUACACAGGAGGAGCUGAAUGCCACUCCAAUGCUAGAUGAUGAUUCCAAGCCACCCAAGCCUGUCGAGUAUCUGGUGAGCCAUGCGCAGGCUCAGCAGGAGCAAUGCGACACCAUUUGCAACUUGAAUGUGAUCAGCAGCUCCACUGGGUUGGGAGGCCUGCAUUUGGUUCUAUUCAGAGUUGAAGGUGGGCAUAAGCUGCCUCCAACUACAUUGUCUCCUGGAGACAUGGUUUGUGUGAGAACAUGUAACAGCCGUGGUGAGGGCGCCACUUCUUGCAAGCAAGGCUUUGUUUAUAAUCUUGGGGAAGACGGUUGCAGCAUAACUGUAGCUCUGGAAUCACGCCAUGGUGAUGCUACCUUCUCUAGGCUAUUUGGGAAAAGUGUGCGAAUUGACCGAAUUCAGGGAUUGGCUGAUUCUCUUAGAUAUAAGAGGAACCUUGAAGCGUUAAUGCUUCUUCAAAGGAAUGGUUUACAGAAAGACAAUGCCUCCAUUGGCGUUGUGGCAACACUAUUUGGGGACAGUAAAGACGUGGUGAAGAUGGCGAAGAAUAACCUGACUGAUUGGGAUGAAUCAAGUGGACCUGAUCUGAGUCUAUCAGAGAGGUAUGCAUUUGAUGCCUCCCAGUUAAGGGCUCUGAAAUUAGGCUUGAACAAAAAGAGGCCCAUUCUAAUAAUCCAAGGGCCUCCUGGCACUGGAAAGACAGUGUUGCUCACUGAGCUGAUUGUGCGUGCUGUCAAGCAGGGCGAGCGUGUACUUGUGACAGCUCCAAGCAAUGCGGCAGUCGAUAACAUGGUUGAAAGUUUGUCGAGUACUGGAUUGAACAUUGUUCGAGUUGGGAACCCUGUUCGACUAUCACCCUCUGUUGCCUCAAAGUCCUUGGGAGAGAUUGUGAAUUGCAGACUUCGACAAUUCAGGAAGGAGCUUGAGAGAAAGAGAACAGAUUUAAGAAAGGACCUGAGGCAGUGCAUAGAAGAUGAUUCUUUAGCUGCUGGCAUUCGCCAACUUCUGAAGCAACUCGGAAAGGAUCUAGAAAAUAAAGAAAAGGAAACAAUCAGAGAAGUGCUCUCUGAUGCACAGGUUGUGCUAUCGACUAAUACAGGGGCAGCUGAUCCACUCGUCAGGAGAACUGGUUCCUUUGAUGUAGUAAUUAUAGAUGAAGCUGGGCAAGCGAUUGAACCAGCCUGCUGGAUACCUAUAUUGCAGGGGAAACGCUGUAUUCUUGCCGGCGACCACUGCCAGCUUGCACCCGUUAUACUAUCGAAGAAGGCCUUGGACGGUGGGCUUGGUAAAUCUUUAUUGGAAACAGCUUCAUCAUUGCAUGAUGGAUUACUUACUACAAGACUUACUGUCCAGUACAGAAUGCACGAUUCAGUAGCCAUGUGGGCAUCUAAAGAGAUGUACCAUGGAUUGCUCAAAUCCUCUGGUUUGGUUGCUUCACAUCUUCUUGCCGACUCUCCAGUUGUCAAGGCUACUUGGAUAACACGGUGCCCACUGCUCUUACUUGACACCCGGAUGCCAAAUGGAGCCCUAAACAUUGGUUGCAAGGAGCACUUAGAUCCUGCAGGCACAGGCUCGUUUUAUAAUGAAGGAGAAGCAGAUAUAGUCACACAGCAAGUUCUUAAUCUAGUACUCUGUGGAGUGUCUCCAACUGCAAUUGCUGUUCAGUCACCCUACAUUGCUCAAGUGCAAUUGUUAAGAGAGAAGCUAGAAGAAUAUCCUGGGCUUUCUGCUGUUGAGGUUUCAACCAUAGAUAGCUUUCAGGGGAGGGAGGCAGAUGCAGUGAUCAUAUCAAUGGUUCGCUCGAAUCCACUAGGAGCUGUAGGGUUUCUGGGCGACAGCAGGCGCAUCAAUGUGGCUAUUACGAGAGCACGGAAGCACGUUACUGUGGUUUGUGAUACCUCCACUAUUUGUCACAGCACCUUCCUUGCCAGGCUCCUUCGCCAUAUCAGGCGGUAUGGCCAAGUAAAACACGUUGCCCCUGGUUCCUUGGAUGGGGUUUCUGGCCUCGGCUUCAGUCAACCUACUCUCCCCUCUAUCAGUUAA